AGAGGGAGCCCAAAAAUGCCGAGCGCAUUCGCCUAUCUCACCUCUGAAGUCGACUGGUGCGAAGGCAACUUCGAGCACUCUGAGGUCAUCGCGGAGUAUUAUAACACGAUCAGCAAUGUGAGUUUCUUCCUCCUUUUCCCCAUCUUGCUGUACCUGAAUCACCAAUAUGUCCAGCAGCGUCCCUUGUUCGCCUAUAGCCUCUCCAUCAUGCUUCUGUUAAUAGGUAUUUUCUCUACCUACUAUCACCUGACCCUGAGCUAUGUGGGGCAGCUGCUGGAUGAGCUCUCCAUCCUCUGGACACUCGCCUUGACGUACACCUUUUGGAUCCCGAAAUGUUACUUCCCAGGCUUCAUCAAGGACAGGACUCAGUUUGUCUGUCUGGUUGGCAUCGCCACCAUUGUCUGCACCCUGAUGUCAUUCAUCAAACCAGCCUUCAACGCUUAUCUGCUCAACAGCAUUUCCCUCCAUCUCCUGUACUUAACAUGUCAAGAGCUGAAAAAAUGCAGUAACCCCCGUGUUCACCGCAUAGCUGCGUUCAUGGUCAUGUGGUGGAUGCUAGCCAUUAGCUGCUGGUUAAGUGACAAGUGGUUCUGUGCAUUUUGGCAGAGGAUCAACUUCUGUUACCUUCACAGUUUCUGGCACGUACUGAUAUCCAUCGCUCUCCUCUAUUGUUGUCCCUUGUUUAUCUACUUCGAUUCUCGGUACGAGAUACCUGCCUUUGAACCAGAGCUGGAGUACUGGCCUAGUGACUCCUGGCCAAUUGCACUGCCCUAUCUUGCUCUGAGGACACCUUACAAACGGUGUUAG